AUGGCUAUGAUGUUGGCUGCCAAGGAUAAAUUCGAUGUCCACUAUGCUUACGAUUUUCAAGCCCCUGAGCUCGGCGACUGGCUUGAAACGGAGAAUACGCUAGGUGAACCUUCGCAGGCAUACUUCCUCCGGUCAAACACAGGACCGCGAUGGAUGGCCGGCGGCGUCUUGUCCCGUCCCUUCAUCCUUGCCAAUCAGAACGGAGGGAGAUUUGCCAUUUCAAGCAUCGAAUCGUCAAGCGCCUACGAGAGAUCAAUCUUCAAAUCAUACGUCAAGUUCGCGACCGUGGAUCACUGCCUCUUUGUCGUCGAGGGGAAGCUCAAAGUCGAGAUAGAAGGUUCUUCGGGUGAUAAUGUGCUUCACGAUGGUGAGACGGUGGUUAUCUCGGCCGGUCAAGGCUUCAAGUUGGACUUUGCAUCACCUUUUGUCAAGUUCUUUUCAGUCGCAAAUGGUCGGGGCAUUGAGACCUUGAUCCAGGAUUCUGGCGCACCAUUUGGGGGCAUGGUUCUGCCGGAUAAGGCUGGGGAGCUAGACUCUGCUGCGCUUGCUCGCGUUGCCAAGGAGAUUAAUGCUACCAUUGAGUAG